AUGCCUCGCUCUGGCCACGACAACGCGCUGCUCGAGCAGGUGCUCGACCUUCAGCUCCAGCUUCCUGAGGUCCAGGCGGCCCUCGAGGAAGCCAAGAGACGCUAUAAUGCGGCCAAGGCAGAGUUCAACCAGCUCCGCGCCGCCAACGAGCAUCUUACACGACAAGUCGCCCAGCUGCAGCAGCAGUCUGACGACCGGCGACCACGGCGCCGUCCCCAGAAACCGACCGGCUCGACCCCGUCAACAUCACAUCCCCAUCUCGAUUUUGCCCCCAUUCCCCGCGCACAGAUGAGCAACCCCGAGCUUCUCGCCUCCAUCAAAGAAGCAGAGGCACAACUAGUACCCCUCAUUCGGAGGAGAACCGAGCUCGACCAGCGCAUGCUUCGACUCGCCGUCCGCUAUUCCAACCUUCUCCAGCAGAACCGCGACUUGCAGGCGCAGAUUGAGGAAACCCGGCGCCGCCUCAGUCGCUCGUAG